UUUUUCAGGGUCAUCACGCGUGCAUUGUGAAUAUAUUUGAAGACGACUUUCUGUCUUUCCGCAAACUUUGUUAGCUUAUACUGAAUCUUUAGUUUUCUUCUUUUAUUGCCCUUUAAUUUGUCAGUGAUUGCCAUGAACAACAUCGAGAAGCUUGUGGCAAAAGCCAAGAUUGCCGAACAGGCUGAACGAUACGAUGACAUGGCCGAAGCCAUGAAGGAAAUAACGAAGACGGGUCAUAGUUUGAGUCCAGAGGAGAGAAAUCUCCUGUCAGUCGCCUAUAAAAAUGUUGUUGGAGCUAGAAGAUCCUCAUGGCGAGUUGUUUCAAGUAUAGAAGCCAAGACAGACAAUCCUGAUAGGAAAAAAGAAUUGGCAAAGAAGUAUAAGGAGAAAAUUGAAAAAGAAUUACAAGAUGUCUGUAAUGUCGUACUGGAGUUAUUGGACAAGCAUUUAAUAGAAGUGGCGAAAUCAAAGUCUGACAAUGAAGCAACCGUUUUUUACUUGAAAAUGAAGGGCGACUAUUAUCGAUAUCUUGCCGAGGUUGAAAACAAUCAGGAAAGCGAUGCAAAGAAAGAAGUUGUUGAAAAGUCGGAGGAUGCCUACAAGGAAGCUUAUGAAUUGGCUAAAACGGUGCUUGCUUCUACCCAUCCAAUCAGGCUUGGUCUUGCUUUGAAUUUCUCUGUCUUCUACUUUGAAAUUAAAGGUGAUGAGAAAGAGGCUUGUGAACUUGCUAAGCAGGCUUUUGAUAGUGCAAUUGCAGAAUUGGAUGAACUUAAAGAAGAUUCUUACAAAGAUAGUACACUUAUCAUGCAAUUGCUUAGAGACAAUCUUACCUUAUGGAAGAGUGAGCCUCAAGGGGAUGAAAAUGGUGAUGAUCAAUAGCUGUUGUAGACACAUAUAUACAGUUAUACUUAAAAAACCACUAAACUGUUAGUUGACUUAUUUGUGUGUACUGAAAUCCAAAUCUCUAGCUGUUCAGCCAAACUCUCAAAGACAAAGUACAGUUUAAUAAAAGCAUGCUAUGUCAUAUUUUUAGUUAUAAGUAAAAUGAUGUAGCAUGCUUAAGAAUGACAAUUUGGUCUCUAGUGUUUGGAUUAUAUGUACACCAUCAUUUUCACUGACGUGGUCUGUAAAUUGUGAACUCCCUUGCAUGCAAAAUAAUGAUUUUGUGAUACUGUAUUAAAAAUUUCUUCCAUAUCACAA